UAAAGACAGAUGCUCUUUUCAAUAGUGUCUUUAAACAUGGUAAAAAGAGGAAGUGAACGAGAGCAGAAGGAGCAGAGAUCCUAAGUGAAACGAGUGAAACUAUUCUACAGUCACUGGCACCAGGUGAAAUGGCGCAGCAAGAAAUUCAACUGGACAGAGAAAGAUUCUGCUGUAAGAUCUGUAAGGAUCUAAUGAAGGAUCCGGUGACUAUGGGCUGUGCACACAACUACUGUAUGAGCUGUGUUAAAACCCACUGGGACAAUGAGGAUGACAGAGGAAUCUACAGCUGCCCCCAGUGUAGACAGACCUUCACACCGAGGCCUGUCCUGGGGAUAAACACCAUUUUAGCUUAUUUAGUGGAGAAGCGGACAAAGAGUGGACUCCAAGCUGCUCCUGCUGAUCACUGCUAUGCUGGACCUGAAGAUGUGGCCUGUGGUUUCUGCAUAGGGAGAAAACUGAAAGCUCUCAAGUCCUGUUUGGUUUGCUUGGCCUCUUAUUGUGAAAGACACCUCCAGCCUCAUUUUCAAUCACCUCUAUUUAAGAAGCACAAGCUGGUGGAGCCCUCGGAGAAGCUCCAGGACACCAUCUGCUCUCGUCACGAUGAGGUGAAGGAGAUUUUCUGCCACACUGAUCAGCAGUGUAUCUGUUAUCUCUGCUAUGUGGAUGACCAUAAAGACCACGACACAGUGUCAGCUGUAGCAGAAAGGACUGGGAGGCAGAGAGAGCUCGGGCAGAUGAGACAAACAAUCCAGCGGAGACUCCAGGACAGAGAGAAAGAUGUGAAGCUGCAUCAACAGGAGUUGGAGGCCAUCCAUGGCUCUGCCGAUAAAGUAGUGGAGGACAGUGAGAAGAACAUCACUGAGCUGAUCUGUCUGCUGGAGAAAAGAAGCUCUGAUGUGAAGCAGAAGAUCAGAUCCCAGCAGGAAGCUGAAGUGAGACGAUUCAAAGAGCUUCAGGAGAGACUGGAGCAGGAGAUCACUGAGCUGAAGAGGAAAGAUGAUGAACUGAAGCAGCUCUCAGACACAGAGGAUCACAACCAAAUUCUACACAACUACCCCUCACUGUCACCACUCAGUGAAUCUACACACUCAUCCAGCAUCAGGAACGGUCCUCUGAGGAACUUUGAGGACGUGACAGCAGCUGUGUCACAGGUCAGAGAUCGACUAGAGGACAUUCUGAGUGGGACAGACACAAAUAGUGAAAUCACACUGGAUCCAAACACAACACACAAGCAUCUGUUGUUAUCUGAGGGAAACAGAAAAGUAACACGAAUGGGAGAUCUAUCAAUCAGACAGAUUCACAGUUUGACUCUUGUUGAGGGUUAAGGGAAGAGGAUGUCACUCCUUGUCAACAUCUAUGACAAAAAUUUGGAUUUUUAAAUUUUUACCCAUA